AUGUGGCAACAGCCUGAGGAAUCACCGAAACUCAAGGAGGUCCCGACCGUGGAGGGCACGGGCCCCGGCCCGUGUGGCUGUUUCUCCCCUGGCGGGGAGCCAUGCGAGCCCCCGCCGCAGCAAGGCCGGGCGGCAGGGCUCCUCCAGCAGCCGCCCUUACGGGCCCGGCGCGGGCAGGGGCGGCGGCGGCUCCAGGCUGCGGCGCGGCGCGCGGUCCCCCCUCGCGUCCCCCCGCGCUCCGUCGCCAGCACCAUCGGCACCGAAUGGCAACGGCGCGCCCGGCACGGGCAGGGCGUGCGCCUGCCACGGUCCCGGCCCCGCCACGGGCGGGCGAGGACCGGCCCGGGCCAAUCCGCCUGCCCGGGGCCAAGCCGGGCCGGGCCGGGCGGGCAGAACCGCGGCGGGCGCAGCGCGGCCCCGGGCGCGGCGCGCGCAUGCCCGGCGCGGCCCCGUGAAGGUCAGCGCGGGCCGGCGGGGACGCGCGGGCGGGGGCGCUUUAACCCCUCCCGCGCCGCGCCGCGCCCGCACCAGCACCGCCCGCGGCCCGAGGAGCGGCACCGGCUGUUCGCGAGCCGGGCCGCAGCCCCGGCCCUUUGUCCGCCGGCCGGAGCAUGCGCUCGGCUGCGCAGGAAACCCUCCCGAGGGGGCCUGCAGCCCACGUUCGGGAGCGGGGAACGAGCACCGGGCUCCCCCUUCCUGCCUGCCUCCGAGCGCGCCGAGCUCCUGCCAGGAAGCGAAGCCGGGGGCUCGGCAGGGGCCGGCGGGGCCGCACCGCCCAAAGCCGAGUCCGCGGGCGAGGCCAGAGAGCGCGGCAGGGCCAGGCUGCUCCGGCCGCGGCUCCACGAGCGAGCGGCGGCGGAGGAAGGCGGCACCGGCGGCGCAGGGUCCGCCCGGACUCACCGGGCUCCGAGCGGGCGAGCCCUGCGGGCAGAGCCCGGGCGGGAGCAGCAGCGGCGCUGCCCGGGGUCCGUGCCCGGCCCUGGGGCACCGCCGGCGGGGGCGCCCCGCAGCUGCCCGGGGCCGGGCCGGGGCAGGGGCCCGAGGGGCGCUCACCGUCCCGUCCAUGCUCCGCUCCCGCCGCGGCCGUCCGCGUGCGGAGCGCCUGCGCGGCGCUGCGGAGAGCGGCCAGGGACCGUCGGUAAAGUGCAUCUCGCCCGCCGCGCCGGGGCUGAGGGUCCCGCACCGGGAGCCCGGCGCCGGCCGCGCCGCUGCGGCGGGAGGGCGGCGCGGCCGCGGCCCCUGGCCCGCUCCCAGCCCCGCGGGGGCGGCGCGGCACGGAGCUCCUCCCGGGGACAGGUGGGUGCGGCGCCCACGCCCUCCCAGCCCCGCGGGCCGCUCCGGCUCUGCCGCCUCGACGGAGCUCCAGAGAGGGACGGAGCGGCUUUAGGCGCGCCGCCGCCGCCGGCAGGGUCCCCAGCCCCGCCGCCCCUGCUUCCGCCGCCACAGGCACCCCCUUCUCGCCCCAGCAGCGCCCCGCAGCACCGCCGGAGCCCCCUGACUGUUGCAGCCCCCAGCCCCGCACUCCGCGCCCCGCACUCACCGCCGCCCCCUGCCGCCCCCGCCGCCGCAGCCCCGGCGCUCUCGCAGCGCUCCGGCCGCCGCCGCAGCCUCCGCGCGCUCCCCAGCGCCGCCUGCCGGCCGCGCUCCGCAUCACCCCCGGGCCGCGGGGCCCGACGCAGCGCCCCCGCCCCGCCCGGCCCGGCCCGGCCCAGCACGGCCCGGAGCGCUUCCGACCGCUACCGAGCGGGGCUCGCACCCACAGCCACCGGGCCGGGCUUCACCGGGAGGCAAUGA